CUCCGCGAGUCACUCAUCCUUUAAUUAAGUAGGGUGGGGUUAGGUGCGCGUGCGCGCUGCCAAUACUCCGCCCUAAACUGCCAACGCUUCGCGCAAAAGCGGUAGACCCGCCCUGCUUGGUCUUGCGCGUGCGCACUGGAGUCCUGUCCCCGGAAGACCACACGCCUGCGCGGUGGAGACUACAGUGACAGUGUCUCGGAUGGCUCGCGGGCUAGUCAUGGCGGAAGCUUGGUUUGGGCAGUCCUUGCAGGCUUUGCCCGCAACGGUGGUGGGCGCACUGGGAGCCCUGGGCAGCGAGUUCUUGCGGGAGUGGGAGGCGCAGGACAUGCGGGUGACCCUCUUCAAGCUGCUACUGCUGUGGCUGGUGUUAAGUCUCCUGGGCAUCCAGCUGGCGUGGGGGUUCUACGGGAACACGGUGACCGGGUUGUAUCACCGCCCAGGUCUGGGCGGCCAGAAUGGAUCCACACCUGAUGGCUCCACGCAUUUCCCUUCGUGGGAAAUGGCAGCAAAUGAACCUCUCAAAACCCACAGAGAAUAAGGGAAUGCCGCAGCAGAAAGGUCUCCAGAGACAUCACUGGGAGUGCUGGAUCCUACGCUAUGUCAUUUUGUUUGUUUUGUUUGUUUUUUGAGACAGGGUCUUGGCGUGUAGUUCAGGCUGGCCUUGAACUCACUGUG